UUGUAUAUAAAAAUAACGAUGUAAGACUGGAAUUAUCUCGACUUGCCAAGCAAGGAGAUCCUAAGAUGAAGAUCCAUGGAGUGGUGGCAUUUAAAUGUGAAAACGUUGCAACUUUAGACCCAAUCACUUUUGAAACCCCAGAGUCAUUCAUCUCUUUGCCUAAAUGGAAUGCAAAGAAAACAGGCUCCAUAUCAUUUGAUUUCCGAACAACAGAGCCAAAUGGCCUCAUCUUAUUUAGCCACGGCAAGCCAAGACACCAAAAAGAUGCCAAGCACCCACAAAUGAUAAAGGUUGACUUCUUUGCCAUUGAGAUGCUGGAUGGCCACCUCUACCUCCUCCUGGACAUGGGGUCAGGAACUAUAAAAAUAAAAGCCCUGCAGAAGAAAGUAAAUGAUGGAGAAUGGUAUCAUGUGGACUUCCAGAGAGAUGGACGGUCAGGUACCAUUUCUGUCAACACCCUGCGCACACCCUACACGGCUCCUGGCGAGAGUGAGAUUCUGGACCUGGAUGAUGAAUUGUACCUUGGGGGCUUGCCAGAAAAUAAAGCUGGCCUUGUCUUCCCUACUGAGGUGUGGACUGCUCUGCUCAACUAUGGCUACGUGGGCUGCAUCCGGGAUCUGUUCAUUGAUGGCCAGAGCAAAGACAUCCGGCAAAUGGCUGAAGUUCAAAGUACUGCCGGAGUGAAGCCCUCCUGCUCCAGGGAGACAGCAAAACCGUGCCUUAGCAAUCCUUGCAAAAAUAAUGGCAUGUGCAGAGAUGGGUGGAACAGAUAUGUCUGUGACUGCUCCGGAACAGGCUAUCUUGGCAGGUCCUGUGAGAGAGAGGCAACGGUUUUGAGUUAUGAUGGGAGUAUGUUUAUGAAAAUUCAACUCCCAGUGGUGAUGCACACUGAGGCUGAGGAUGUAUCCUUACGGUUCCGAUCCCAGCGCGCAUAUGGCAUUUUAAUGGCAACCACAUCUAGAGAUUCUGCAGACACCCUCCGGCUGGAGCUGGAUGCAGGGCGCGUGAAACUGACGGUCAAUCUAGAUUGUAUCAGGAUUAACUGUAAUUCCAGCAAAGGUCCCGAGACCCUUUUUGCUGGCUAUAACCUCAAUGAUAAUGAAUGGCACACAGUGCGUGUAGUUCGUCGAGGAAAAAGUUUAAAGUUAACAGUGGAUGAUCAACAGGCCAUGACAGGCCAAAUGGCAGGAGACCAUACAAGGCUAGAGUUCCAUAACAUAGAGACUGGCAUCAUCACAGAACGACGAUAUCUUUCUUCUGUCCCCUCCAACUUCAUUGGACACCUGCAGAGCCUGACAUUUAAUGGAAUGGCAUACAUUGACUUGUGUAAAAAUGGUGACAUAGAUUACUGUGAGCUCAAUGCCAGAUUUGGCUUCAGGAAUAUCAUAGCAGACCCUGUCACCUUCAAGACCAAAUCAAGCUAUGUUGCCUUAGCUACAUUGCAAGCCUACACUUCUAUGCAUCUUUUUUUCCAGUUCAAGACAACAUCUCUAGAUGGACUAAUCUUAUAUAACAGUGGGGAUGGAAAUGACUUUAUUGUGGUUGAAUUAGUUAAAGGGUACUUGCAUUAUGUGUUUGACUUGGGAAAUGGUGCUAACCUCAUCAAAGGGAGCUCAAAUAAACCACUCAACGACAAUCAGUGGCACAAUGUCAUGAUAUCAAGGGACACCAGCAAUCUCCACACUGUAAAGAUUGACACGAAAAUCACAACGCAAAUCACUGCGGGAGCCAGGAACUUAGACCUCAAGAGUGACUUGUAUAUAGGUGGAGUGGCUAAAGAAACAUACAAAUCCUUGCCAAAACUUGUCCAUGCCAAGGAAGGCUUUCAAGGUUGCCUGGCAUCCGUUGAUUUGAAUGGACGGCUUCCAGAUCUCAUCUCAGAUGCUCUUUUUUGCAACGGACAGAUUGAGAGAGGAUGUGAAGGACCUAGCACAACCUGCCAGGAGGACUCAUGUUCAAAUCAAGGUGUGUGCUUACAGCAGUGGGAUGGCUUCAGCUGUGACUGUAGUAUGACUUCCUUCAGUGGGCCACUCUGCAAUGACCCUGGGACAACAUACAUCUUUAGCAAAGGUGGUGGACAGAUCACAUACAAGUGGCCUCCAAAUGACCGGCCAAGUACACGAGCAGACAGACUGGCCAUAGGGUUUAGCACAGUUCAGAAAGAAGCUGUAUUGGUGCGAGUGGACAGUUCUUCAGGCCUGGGUGACUACCUAGAACUGCAUAUACACCAAGGAAAAAUUGGGGUUAAGUUUAAUGUUGGGACAGAUGACAUCGCCAUUGAAGAGUCCAAUGCAAUCAUUAAUGAUGGGAAAUACCAUGUAGUCCGUUUCACAAGAAGUGGUGGCAAUGCCACUUUACAGGUGGACAGCUGGCCAGUGAUCGAGCGCUACCCUGCAGGAAACAAUGAUAACGAGCGCCUGGCGAUUGCUAGACAGCGAAUUCCAUAUCGACUUGGUCGAGUAGUUGAUGAAUGGCUACUCGACAAAGGGCGUCAGCUCACAAUCUUCAAUAGUCAAGCAACCAUAAUAAUUGGCGGGAAAGAGCAGGGCCAGCCCUUCCAGGGCCAGCUCUCUGGGCUUUACUACAAUGGCUUGAAAGUUCUGAAUAUGGCAGCCGAAAAUGAUGCCAACAUCGCCAUAGUGGGAAAUGUGAGACUGGUUGGUGAAGUGCCUUCCUCUAUGACAACUGAGUCGACAGCCACUGCCAUGCAGUCAGAGAUGUCCACCUCAAUCAUGGAGACCACCACCACCCUGGCUACUAGCACAGCUAGAAGAGGAAAACCUCCCACGAAAGAACCCAUUAGCCAGACCACAGAUGACAUCCUUGUGGCCUCAGCAGAGUGUCCAAGCGAUGAUGAGGACAUUGACCCCUGUGAGCCGAGCUCAGGUGGGUUAGCCAACCCAACCCGAGUAGGUGGCAGAGAGCCUUACCCAGGCUCAGCUGAAGUGAUUCGGGAGUCUAGCAGUACCACAGGCAUGGUGGUUGGAAUAGUAGCCGCAGCUGCCCUAUGCAUCCUCAUUCUCCUGUAUGCCAUGUACAAGUACAGAAACCGGGAUGAAGGCUCAUACCACGUGGAUGAGAGUCGAAACUACAUCAGUAACUCAGCACAGUCUAAUGGGGCUGUUGUAAAGGAGAAACAACCCAGCAGUGCUAAAAGCGCCAACAAAAAUAAGAAAAACAAGGAUAAAGAGUAUUACGUCUGAUCCCAAGAUCUUAAAAGACACUCGUAUAGAAAUAGUCUUCAUUUUAUCUGAGACAUAAUAUAAACUUAUUUACUUUCCUUUUUAUGAAGCACAUACAAAAGAAGACAGGGAAUGCAAUCAGGAAGGAAAGACUGUUUUUAAAAACAAACAAGUAUCUCAUGCUCUUGUUUCUCAAAAAAAGAAAAAAAAAGAAAAAAGAAAAAAAAAAACCAAAAAAACAGGGGCCAAUAAAUUCCCUAACAUCCGCAGUGUUUUCAUUUACUGCCUGUCUUUAUGUUGCUGGAACAUUUCUAAAAGACAGUGAUGACCGCACGCAUUCAUAAAGCAAAGGAAUAUUAUAACAUCGAGGCACAACACAAAACAUAACACAAAAAAAGAAGCUACCUAUGAUCCUGGAUUUAGCCAAAGUGCUAGCGCUUUCCUGAGAGGUCAGCUAGUCUGAUUGCUAGAGAAGACUGUCCCUUUGAGUGACACAACCUGCAAACCUUGAUGAGUUUGCCACCGAGUGCAACAGGAGCAGUGGUUGGAACUUGCAUUUGAAGCAAAGUGCUGGCUUUUUUGAAGACUUGUGUAGGAACACAUUCAAAAAGCCCCUUUCUGUUUGGGAGAGGAAAACAAAAAAGUAUGGAGGCCUUAUUUUCAAAAAUGUGAAAUAUAAGGCACAUUUUCACACUAAAAUUUCAAAACAAAAAUGAGAGGGAAUAGAUGCAAUCAUUGGGAAACUUUCAUGCACGCUUACUAUGUUAUUACAUAUGUUUAUAUAAACCCCAUCUCUGUGUGCUUUCUGGACUGUGAUAAGUGAUGUUUUAUAGCCUGUUGUAUAGAAAAUGCAAAAUAUAUCUCUGCUCUUCAGCCAUUUUUGGUAAAUUCAAUGUUACAAGUCUUGCUAAGUAUAGGGAGUUUUAUGACAUCUGAGCAACAAUGAUUUCAGUCGGAUUUUUUUUUCUGCCACCAUUAUAAAUUGCCACACUUUUUUAAACAAAAAUUACAGUGUAGUGUUUAUUCUAAGAAAGAUAUGUAUGAAUGUAUAUAAAAAAGACUCAACUACUUUUUUCUUACAAGUACAGCUUUCAUUCUGUUGCAAUUAAGUUUUAGUAUUUGUAUGAAAGGUGUGAAUUAGAAGGUAAAAUAUAUACAUAUGUAUCUUAUAAUCUUUUUCUCUCCAAAAUUUCACCCUCCCACAUGCUUACCAUUCACAAUCACAUGCACACCACACACACACACACACACACAAACACACACACAAAUCCAUCUGAUAUGAUGGAAGACCCAAACAUGCAUACAAUAACAAAUAUUUAGUGACAAAUUGAAAAGCAGGAAGGAAGAGAGUUGUGCCAAGGUACUAUGAAAAAUUGGGUGAUUUGCUUCAUGAGAUCCCAAUCCCAAGAAGACUCAAGAUUUUAGUCCCUAGAGAAAUGGAACCUUUUCUUAUCAAAUAGAAUAUUACUGGUAUAUUGCUGCAUGAAUAUGAACCAUUACGUGUGCAGGUUACAGAAGCAAAAUUGGUCAAUCCACACCUUAACUCUGGCUGCUACAAUUAAAAACUUUGUUUCCAAUAAAAACAAUACAUAUAUUCUCUGAACCUGAUGUGCAUGACAAACUUUUUUGGAAGGUAAACAUUUCUCAACUAAGAAAGUAUUUUCAGUAAUUUUUGAUUCUGUAUUACUACCCACUUAAAAAUCAUCCUUUAUUUAUUGAUUAUUGACUAAAUCUUAACUUUCUGGUUAAAAUCAUUAAAUAUAGUUUUAGUUUAACAUAUAUUAAGAAGUAGGAAAGAGUAGAUAUAUACUUGUUUUUUGCAUAGUUUCAAUGAUGUUCCUAGCAAUAAAUUAUUAGUAUGAGAAGGUAAUACAAAGGAAGUACACUGUUAGAUUGCAAGGUGAUGCUUUAGUAGAAAUUGGUCACAUUACUUGAACAUCUCCUAAAAAAAAUGGUACUAGACUUCAUAGAAAAGAAUACCUUUACAAUUAGCUUUAAUCAGCAAAGGCAAAAAAAUUCAAAACAUCUUUGUGAUACUUUAGUUGAUAAAAAAUGCCAAGUGGCCUGGAUUUCAGACAUACAGUACCUUAGGAAUACAUACAUUUCAUCACAAAUCACCACAAACUACAGUUGCCAAGUAAUUGUGUAAGAAGUCUUAAAGGCUUUUCAUGACCCAGAAAGUAGAUGGUAUAAAAUUUGGUAUCUGUUACUUCUGUUUCACGUUUUUACCUCUUUUUAAUUUGCCAGGUUAAAGAGCUCACAAGUCUUUUCCCCCUACCCCUCUCAUUCAGUCUUACUCAGGGAAAGCCAGUGAAAUAAAAAGGGAAUAUAAAACCACUAAUUCACAGCAUAAGUUUUUUUAAAAAAAAAAUGGUUGUUUUUCCAUUAGAUCUGUUGGAUUUGAGCUAGUUUCAUCAUGAAAGAUUCUAAAAGAAUAUUUGGUAAAUUGAAAAGUGGUAUUUUUAAGCAGUAUAGAUACACUGCAUGCUGUUUAGAAUUGACUUUAAUGUUUCUUUCCCAGCACAAAUUUUCAAAUUUAAUGCAAUAAUAUAAUCUAAUAAAUUGCCAGUAAAAAUAUUUCUAAACUUAUUGGAUUAAAAAAUCUUGCAGUUUUUUUUUCCCUGAAUGGAGAAAGAGAAGGGAGGAACAUGAGUUAGAGAGAGAAAAGACUUGAAUAAAAUCAAAGAAUCUUCAUAACAAAUGUAUCAGGGUUCAUGUAUAGUUUGCAAUUAAUAGAGGAUUUCACACUACCUGGCAUAAAUUUGAUUACAUCUCUAGAUUGUAGCUUUUCUGAUUGAGUAUGCUUCUUUUUUAUCCAUGUAAUGUGUUGCCUUUUUACAAAACAUCUACUACAAAAACGUGUGAGGUGGCCAAUCCCUAAGACAUCAAAGAAAGGCCACAUGAUCUUUCCUUCUAGUGCUUUGUGUGAUUGGGUAUCUAAGGGGUUUGUUUUAUUUUGUUUUUCUGUUGCAAGGCCAACUUAUCCAUUAUUGGAAAUGCUAAGCAAGUGGAAUUUACUGUUUUGUUAAUAAAAUAUUUCUUAAUACAACUGUGGACUUAUUGAUAUAAAAAAUUACAUACGGUACCAUUUUUUGAUAAUGUGGAACAUUAAAGAAGGUUACCUUUGAAAGGAAAUCUUGUCCUCAGACAAGGAGGGGAAGAAUAUUGGUUCUCUGUUUUUGUGAAUAUAUUAUUCAUUAAGCAUCUUUAUAUUCAUACACUUAAAAAUGUAGUUACUAAAUAUAGCUUUCUUUAAAUCUGUUCAUUUCCAUGUACUUGAGAAGAAAAACUCACAGAAGUAGUUGACUACAUGAAGAUGAUGAAUUCAUAGACAUGGUUUUCUUUAUAAAAAGCAAAGGAAUUCAAGUUAAGUGAA